ACAUCGAAUCGCCUCCCUGUGCUGUCGCCCAAGCGUGCUUCCGAUGGGGCUAGGGUUUCGCGCGGAUCUAGGGUUUCGCCGAUUCUGAGGGCUUCGCGGGUCGAAUUAGGAAGGGGAUUUGAUGGUACUCGUUCGGGAAAAUGCAAGGCUAUGCAUGGGGGUGGAGGUGAGAAGAGGAAGGGGACUCGGCGCAUGUGGAAAGCCCCCUCUCGUGGCGACUCGUCUCUGAACGCCGAUGUUUCUUCUUCUUCUUCUUCCUCCUCGUCCACACUGAAGUCCUUCUGUAAGGACGGUCGGAAAAUUAUUGUUGGUGAUUGUGCUCUCUUCAAACCAUCUGAAGAUCGUCCUCCGUUUAUUGGUAUAAUUCGUUGUCUGACAAUUGGCAAAGAGAACAAACUGAAAUUGGGUGUUACUUGGCUUUAUCGAUCCAUUGAAGUGAAACUCAGCAAGGGCGUGCCGUUGGAGGCAGCUCCUAACGAAAUUUUCUACACCUUCCAUAAGGAUGAGAUUUAUGCUGAAUCGCUUCUCCAUCCUUGUAAAGUUGCAUUUCUUCCUAAGGGUGCUGAACUUCCAUCAGGUGUUUCAUCGUUUGUGUGCAGGAGGGUUUAUGACAUUGCGAACAAGUGUUUAUGGUGGUUAAAUGAUAAGGAUUAUAUUAAUGAUUGUCAAGAAGAAGUAGAUCAACUAUUAUACAGGACUUGUGUAGAAAUGCAUGCAACAGUGCAGUCAGGUGGUAGAUCUCCUAAACCAAUGAGUAGUCCAACAUCAACAUCACAGUUCAAAUCUGCUUCAGAUAGUGUUCAGAACAGUGCUUCUUCCUUUGCAUCUCAUAUUAAGGGGAGGAAAAGGGAAAGGGCAGAUCAAGGCUCUGAGCCUGUCAAGCGGGAGCGAUCAAUAAAAACUGAGGAUGGUGAUUCUGCUAAUGGUAGGCAUGAUAACAAUUUGAAGACUGAGAUUGCCAAAAUUACAGAAAAGGGAGGGCUUGUUGAUGGUGAAGGAGUUGAAAAAUUAGUGCAGCUGAUGGUUCCUGAUAGAAAUGAGAAGAAGAUAGAUUUAGCGAGCCGGUCAUUGCUUGCAGCUGUCAUUGCAGCUACGGAUAAAUUAGAUUGUCUUAGUCAGUUUGUGCAGCUGAGGGGUUUGCCUGUAUUUGAUGAGUGGCUCCAAGAGGUCCAUAAAGGGAAGAUUGGUGAUGGUAUUGGGUCCCGGGAUGGUGACAAAUCUGUAGAGGAGUUUCUCUUGGUAUUGCUUCGGGCACUUGAUAAGCUCCCAGUAAAUCUUCAGGCUUUGCAGACAUGCAACAUCGGAAAAUCUGUAAAUCAUUUGCGAACUCAUAAAAACACUGAAAUUCAGAAGAAAGCAAGAGGUUUAGUUGACACAUGGAAGAAACGUGUUGAAGCUGAAAUGAAUAUAAAGGAUGCAAAGUCUGGUUCUGGUGCCACUGUCCACUGGCCUUCCAAAUCACGUCCUUCUGAUGUUGGUCAAGGUGGGAAUAGACACUCAGGUGCUUCAUCUGAUGUUGCCAUGAAGAGUUCAGUUACACAGCUUUCCGCAUCCAAAACUGCCUCUGUGAAGAUUGUCCAAGGAGAGAAUACUACUAGAUCUGCAUUGACAUCUGCCUUUCCAGGGCCUGCUAAAUCAGUGCCAUCCCCUGCAUCUGCGACUGCAAACUUAAAAGAUGGACAGCCCCGUAUUGCUGCUGUCAGUGGAGGUUCUGAACUUCCCAUGGCAAAUGCAAGGGAAGAAAAAAGCACUAGUUCUAGUCAAUCACACAACAAUAGUCAAUCUUGUUCUAGUGACCAUGCUAAAACUGGAGGUCUUUCAGGGAAGGAGGAUGCCAGAAGCUCUACUGCAAUGAGUGCAAAUAAGAUAUCUGGAGGUUCUUCACGGCAUCGAAAAUCUAUUAAUGGAUUUUCAGGUUCAACUCCAUCUGGACGUGCAAGGGAAAGUGGAUCAAGUAGGAAUUCCACCUUGCACAAAAAUUUAACUUCAGACAAAAUAUCUCAACCUGGAUUAAUGGAAAAAGCACUUGAUGGAACUUCUCUUGAGGGGAAUACUGCCAAGCUGAUUGUUAAAAUUCCAAACCAAGGCAAGAGUCCUGCACGAAGUGCCAGUGCUGGUUCUUUUGAUGAUCCUACAAUCAUGAAUAGUCGAGCCUCAUCUCCUGUCCUUCCAGAGAAGCAUGAUCAGUUUGAUCACGGUUCAAAGGAAAAAAAUGACUUUUAUCGAGCCAAUAUUGGCUCAGAAAUUAAUACUGAAUCUUGGCAGAGUAAUGAUUUCAAAGAUGUAUUGACUGGCUCUGAUGAGGGGGAUGGAUCACCUGCUGCAGUUACUGAUAAAGAGCGCUGCCGGACUGGUGAUGAUUGUAAAAAAACAUUGGAGGUAUCAAAAGCUGCUUCCUCAUCAUCUGGAAAUGAAAAUAAAGCUGGAAAUUUGCAGGAUGCUUCUUAUAGCUCAAUAAAUGCUUUAAUUGAAGGUGUUAAGUACUCUGAAGCGGAUGAUGUGGGAAUGAAUCUUCUUGCUAGUGUGGCUACUGGAGAGAUACUGAAAUCUGAAUUGUUAACUCCAGCUGGAUCUCCAGAAAGAAAUGUUACUGCUGUUGAACAGUCAUGCACAGGCAAUGGUGUUGUUAAGUCCUCUGAAGAAAAUCUUGUCCGGGAUGAAUGCCACUCAAAUAAUGGUCUUGAAGGUGAAAAUAAAAAACAGGGUUCUGUAACAGGUGAUUUAGGGGCAAAUGAUGAAAACGAUUCUGAUUUUCGAGCAUCCGAAGGGAAAGCUUCAAGAGAGCUAAAUAAAUGUGUUGAUGCAUGUGCUAUGGAUUUGCAACAGGUCACUGAAACUGUUUUAGAAAGCAAUGGAAAAUUAAAUGAAAAACAUGUUCCUAGUUCAUUGGGUGACCUUCCUGGAAAUAAUGUUCAAGAAGCUAGAGAUGGUGACAGAAGCAAGCAGCUUCGGGAGGAUGUUGAUCAGGUUGUGAAGGCUGGUGAAGUUAUUGAUGUUAAGGUCGGCUGUGGUGUGGGAGUUGAGGCAGAAGUAACGGAAAAAUUGUCACAUAUCUCCAUUGAAGUGGAAGUACAGAGUGAUAACUGUACUGCUGAAGGAUCUCGUGGUGGUGGACCCACAGCUAAAAAGCUUCCUAGUGUUCUUAUGAAGUCUGAUUCGGCAAGAGGAAUAGAUGAGAAUGUACUCCAUUCUUCUGGUCCUAGUGUUGAUAAGGUUCCUGAAGACUUCACUGAACAGAAAUCUGAUAAAGCUGAUGAUGUUGAUGCUGAGAAUCGUGCUAGUCAGUCUAAAAAGCAAAGAAAUGAGUGUGAAAGUGAUGCCUUGACAAUGCCUGAGAAUAGAGGCUUAUGUUCUACCGUGACUGCUGUUGCUGCUGAACACGUGGAGGAGAAUUUAGAAGCUAAAGAGGUUCAUGACCAACAUGACAGAGAGGUACUCCCCAAAGACUCCCCUAGUGGCCCAUCACAAGAAAUGGAUAAGCAUAUUGAUCCUAAAGGUUCAAAAUUGACUGCCAUGGAAGAUCAAGAGGCUGAGGAGUGCACCUCUACCACUGCAGAUGCUUCUUCCGUGUCUGCUGGACCUGUGUCAGAUGCAGAUGCAAAGGUUGGAUUUGAUCUAAAUGAAAGACUCAAUGCAGAUGAUGUAAAAUGUGGUGAGUUCAACAGCAUUCCCACAUCUGGAUCUGGGCCUGCUGGCCGAUUGAUCAGUCCAGUGCCAUUUCCUGCUUUAUCUAUGUCUUGUGGUAUUCCCGCUCCAGUUGCUGUGGCUGCUGCUGCAAAGGGGCCCUUUGUGCCUCCUGAAGAUUUAUUGAGAAGUAAAGGGGAAAUUGGUUGGAAGGGAUCAGCUGCCACUAGUGCAUUCCGGCCAGCUGAGCCCAGGAAAGUUAUGGAAAUGCCUCUUGGUACACUAACUACCUGUGUACCUGAUGCUGCAGCUGGAAAGCAGAGCCGAGCACCAUUGGAUAUUGACUUGAAUGUUGCUGAUGAAAGAAUUCUGGAUGAUAUUUCUUCUCAAGCUUGUGCUCGUCACACAGAUUCUGUGUCUCUUGCAGCCAAUGGUCAUGAUCCUGUAUGCAGUAAAAUGGCUUCACCUGUUCGCUGCUCUGGAGGGCUCGAUCUCGACUUGAACCAAGUGGACGAAGCUUCUGACAUUGGUCACUGCUCCACAAGCAGUAAUCACAAAAUUGAUGUGCCAAUUAUGCAGGUGAAGUCAUCAUUAGGUGGUCCACCAAAUAGAGAGGGGAAUGUCCACAGGGACUUUGAUUUGAACAAUGGACCUUCAGUCGAUGAAAUCACCACCGAAUCCCCAUUAUUCUCUCAGCAUGCCAGGAGCAGUGUGCCAUCUCAACCACCUGUUUCUGGACUUCGGGCGAGUACUACUGAGCCAAGCAACUUCUCUUCCUGGCUUCCUUCCAGUGGAAACACUUAUUCUGCUGUCACAAUAUCUUCAAUUAUGCCUGAUAGAGGGGACCAGCCCUUUUCAAUUGUUGCCCCAAAUGGGCCACACAGGUUGUUGACUCCUGCUGCUGGUGGCAACCCAUUUGGACCUGAUAUUUAUAGGGGCCCAGUAUUGUCAUCAUCUCCUGCGGUGUCAUAUGCAUCUGCUCCAUUUGAAUAUCCCGUCUUCCCUUUUAAUUCCAGCUUUCCUCUUCCAUCAGCAUCUUUUUCUGCUGGAUCAACUACUUAUGUAUAUCCUACAUCAGGCAACCGGCUUUGCUUCCCUGCAGUAAAUUCUCAGUUAAUGGGUCCUGCUGGCACAGUUUCACCUCAUUACCCCAGGCAUUUUGUUGUUGGGCUUUCAGAAGGUAGCAAUAGUGGUAGUGCUGAGACCAGUAGAAAAUGGGCAAGGCAGGGUUUAGAUCUUAAUGCUGGACCCGGAGGUUCAGACAUAGAGGGCAGAGAUGAGACUUCAUCUCUUCAAUCCAGGCAACUUUCUGUUGCUAGUUCCCAGGCCCUAGCUGAGGAGCAUGCAAGGAUCCAGCUGUCUGGUAGUGUUCGCAAGAGAAAGGAGCCUGAUGGUGGGUGGGAUGGCUACAACCAAUCCUCAUGGCAAUAGCAAUCUGUAAUCAUACAAUCUGAUGACCACAAAUGCUUUGAUUUGAGGAUGGACAAUGGUCAACUUGCAGAGAUCUUCAUCUAAUUUAUGCUUUUGGGAGCAUUGGGUGGUAAGUUAGCGUUUGAUUAUGUUAGUAGACUACGACCCCCAAUCCUGUAGUUUAUCAAAUGUAUUUUAAAGGAAUCUUUCUAGGUUGGUUCCGGAUCAUCAAUUUUUCCUUUGUAGAUAAGAACCCAUACUUGUUGCAUCUAUAUCUAGUGGAUCAAAACUCUCCCUUAGUCCUUCUAGUAAUGCAAGUUGGGUUGUGGAACUGCUCAAGUAGAAAUCCCCUUUUUUGUUGAGAUUCUAAAUUAAAAUCUUUUUUUUAAUUGCACAUACACACAUACAAAUAUAUAUGCUAGCUGGGUGACCAACGAAAUUUGACAUUUGAAUUUCUUCCUUUGUUGUGGUUGAUAUAAUGCUGUAUCCCAGUUUCUUUC